UAGUUAUAGGACAAAUAUUAUCGCGGCUGUAAUAAGCGGUCAGACGGCUGUCGUUCCCAUUUGGCAUUUCAAUUUAGCACAAGUCACCGAAAAAUGGAGCUGGCCUAGCGAGAAGUUAAAAGGGAUUAAGUCGAAACUCAUUGCGAAACGAGGCGCCUGCAGAUAUAUACAUAUAUCGUGUUAUAACCCCUGAUUGCGGGCGACACAAUUGCACAGUCCGAUUUUACGUCAGCAAGGGUUAAGCAAGGCGACUAUUGCAGCAUGGACUUCAAGGAAUACCGCCAACGGGGAAAAGAGAUGGUGGACUAUAUAGCCGACUAUCUGGAGAACAUACGGGAGCGACGCGUUUUUCCAGACGUGAAUCCUGGCUAUAUGCGUCAACUACUGCCGGAAUCGGCUCCCAUUGAAGGAGAGCCCUGGCCGAAGAUCUUCGCGGAUGUGGAGAGGAUCGUGAUGCCGGGAAUAACCCACUGGCAAUCCCCUCACAUGCACGCCUACUUUCCGGCCCUUAACUCGAUGCCCUCUCUUUUGGGCGACAUGUUGGCAGAUGCCAUCAACUGCUUGGGAUUCACCUGGGCCAGUUCCCCGGCCUGCACCGAACUGGAGAUCAUAGUGAUGAACUGGCUGGGCAAGAUGAUCGGCCUGCCGGACGCCUUCCUCCACCUGAGUUCCCAGAGUCAGGGAGGCGGAGUUCUGCAAACCACGGCCAGUGAGGCCACUCUCGUCUGUCUGCUGGCAGGACGCACUCGGGCCAUCCAGCGGUUCCACGAGCGACAUCCUGGCUACCAGGAUGCGGAGAUCAACGCCCGCUUGGUGGCCUACUGCUCCGAUCAGGCGCACUCCAGUGUGGAGAAGGCGGCCCUAAUUGGACUCGUGAGGAUGCGGUACAUCGAGGCGGACGAGGACCUGGCGAUGCGCGGCAAACUGUUGCGCGAGGCCAUCGAGGAUGACAUUAAGCAGGGACUGGUCCCCUUCUGGGUCUGCGCCACACUCGGCACCACCGGCAGCUGCAGCUUCGACAACCUGGAGGAGAUUGGCUUGGUUUGCGCGGAGCACCACCUGUGGCUCCACGUGGAUGCGGCGUACGCGGGAAGUGCGUUCAUCUGCCCGGAGUUUCGCACCUGGCUUCGUGGCAUCGAACGAGCGGACUCGAUGGCCUUCAAUCCUUCCAAGUGGCUGAUGGUGCACUUCGAUGCCACCGCUUUGUGGGUGCGCGACAGCACCGCCGUGCAUCGAACCUUCAAUGUGGAGCCACUGUAUCUGCAGCACGAGAAUUCCGGAGUGGCGGUGGACUUUAUGCACUGGCAAAUACCACUGAGUCGCAGAUUUCGGGCUCUAAAAGUGUGGUUCGUCCUGAGAUCUUAUGGGAUAAAAGGACUUCAACGCCACAUCCGCGAAGGAGUUCGUUUGGCCCAGAAAUUCGAGGCUCUCGUCCUUGCAGAUCAUCGAUUUGAGUUGCCUGCCAAAAGGCACUUGGGAUUGGUGGUCUUCCGGAUUCGAGGUGACAACGAGAUCACCGAGAAGCUGCUGAAGAGGCUGAACCACCGGGGCAACCUGCACUGCAUUCCCUCCUCGCUGAAGGGACAGUACGUCAUCCGGUUCACCAUCACCUCGACGCACACGACCUUGGAUGACAUUGUCAAGGAUUGGAUGGAGAUCCGGCAGGUGGCCUCCAUGGUGCUGGAGGAGAUGAACAUCACCAUCUCGAACCGUGUCUAUCUCAAGGAAACCAAAGAGAAGAACGAAGCUUUCGGGUCGAGUCUUCUGCUCUCGAAUUCUCCGCUUUCCCCCAAAGUGGUAAACGGUUCCUUUGCGGCUAUUUUCGAUGCGGAUGAGUUCCUGGCCAAAACCUACGCCGGUGUUCGAAUUGCGCACCAGGAAUCCCCUUCGAUGCGCCGACGAGUGAGGGGCAUCCUCAUGUCCGGCAAACAGUUUUCUCUAGAUUCUCACAUGGACGUGGUGGUGCAGACGACUUUGGAUGCCGGCAGUGGUGCAACUCGGACCAGCUCCACCAACUCCUAUGGCCACACCACAUCUGCGGCCCAGGAAAAUUCGGAGAGGCAGGCGAGCAUCCAGGAGGACAACGAGGAGUCGCCGGAAGAAAUUGAAUUGCUGUCACUGUGCAGGAGCCAUAAUGUACCCACUCCCGACCACGCCCACUCCCUGUCCACGCCCAGUCGCAGUUGCAGCUCCACCUCCCACUCCCACUCGCUUACCCACUCCUUAACCCACUCCCUGACCCACUCCCCCUUGCACUCCCCUCCCGCCAACCAAUUUCGACCCAUUGCCCUGUGCGGAAUGACCAGUCAGUAUCCCCCAGCGAUGCCCUUUUCCACACCGCUUCCCAAUCGAGAUGUCACCGUUUCGGUGGACAGCCUACUGACCCCGGUGACCUCGAGUAACCUCUACCACGGUAAGCGAUUCCUGGAGCCCCUCGAGAGCCUCGCCCAGAGCAGUGCGUCCUUCAGCAGCAGCAUCUUCCGCCUGCCGACGCCUUUGGCCACGCCCACCCGGGAAACGCCGGAGGAUCCGGACUGGCCGGCCAAGACCUUCAGCCAACUGCUGCUGGAGCGCUACUCCUCGCAGACGCAGUCCUUGGGACGCAGUUCCUCGACGGAGAGCAGCAGCUUCAGCGGCGGUGCCACGCCCACGCCCACGCCCCUGAGCAGCCUCGAUGAACUGGUGACCCCGCUGCUGCUCUCCUUCGCCUCCCCCACCUCGCAGCCCAUGCUCUCCGCCCACGGAAACGGGGAGGGGCAGCGGGAGGGGGCCAGCGACUCGGAUGCCACCGUUUGCUCGGCGAACUCCUCGAUGGAAUCCCUAUAGUUCUUAGUUAAUAACACUCUGUUAACCUGUGUUCCUAAGUUUUAUUUAGCCAAGAUUAUACUCUUAUUACACCCAUUAUUCUUAAAGGUCAUUUCUCGCCUAUAACCAAAGAUAAGUUGAAGGUCCCAGCGAUAUUUCAGUUUCAUUGUACAUACAUAUAUCUUAAAUGUACGAGUGUGAGUGUGAUUGGGGAAGGAAAGGACAAGUCAUCCAACGCUGCUGUGCAAUCAAUCAAUAAUGCAAUCAAUCGUAGUACCAAUCAAUGUUGAGCCGAGUGUUGUAUCCAUAUAAUAUGCAUGCCUAUAUAUUUAUUUCCUACUGUAAGAUAAGUGCUUAGUGGUCAACCAGUUCUAAUGGUUCCAUCGGAACCAGUUAACCAAAACAGUCCAAAACUAACCGGCUUACUUAUAUCCAUGUUUAACCGAUUUUAAUGUGAUUAAAGUUUCAAUGUUCA